AUGCCAGACGGGAAACAUGUUUGGGACCCAGAGUGUGGGCAGCUCGUAAUCCGUCAACCCCAUACUCCGUUCACCAGGGCCGGCCUGUCAUUCACCUCCUGGAUAGAGUGUGCUGAUGGCGUGAUUGAUUGCCAACCAAAUACUGUCCCAAAGCCGUGGCACACAUUAGAACAGUGUACCAAAACAGCUUCCUUGGAGUUGAUUACAACACUCUAG